AUGGAGAAGCAUCCUGAUUCUCACUGGAAGGCAUCCUUGAUGGGAUGGGACUUUUGGAAGGAUGCGACACAGUAUGAAGAAGACCUCAGUAAAGAGACGGACAGUGCCCUUGAUCUCAACCUCCACAAGCGAUUUCCCUUCAAUCUCGGCGUGGAAGAAACACCUACCAAAAGACGUCGUCGCCUGAGCAUGCCCGAUACCAAAGAACCAGCAGACAUCCGGCGCAACGCUUCCCUCACCACUGGUGCCUCGCGGUUCCGCGACCUCAGCCGUCAUGCACGCUCGCCUUCACCCUUAAAGAUGGUUGCAUCAGUCUUCCCAGUAUCUGCGCAAACCUCAGCUCCAGUCACCCCCCAAACCACACGGUUUGGAAUGCGCUCGCCCUCGAAACAUCCCGAAAUCCCGAGGAGUACCACCGUGGAGGCAGCUGAGAUCUCUGCAUCUCCAUCUCCCUCUUCACGCCAUGUCCGAAUUCCCUCGUUCGAUAUCGCUACGCUAGCGAAGCCUCUCAUAAACUUUCGUGGCGGCUCUGCGUGGGCAGAUCUCCCGCGGAACAAGACCGCCUUGGGGCUGGAUCUGUUCUGGCCUAGCCCUCCUGAUCAGGAUCGAGAUCGAAAUCGAGAUCGGGACCAGACUAGACUGCCGUGUCUCGACAUUCAGGAAAUGAAGCCGCUUUGUCAAUUUCGCUGCCUGCGCGCGUUGAAAAUAGUCGGUAUGCUCCAGUCCUACCAGACGUAUAUCUGGCAGACCGCAUGGGUGAACCUGAACCUCGAUGAAUUGGAACUCGGUAUGACGCUGGAACCCGAGAUCACAAGCGCCGAGCACACCUCCAAGUGGCAGUUCAUUCAAGAAGGCUGGGAAAUGGAUCAGAAGCACUCUGCCGAGCCUGCGCUACGCCACACCCAGACGAGAAAUGGACCUGCCUCCGCUAACCGGAGACAUCGUAGCGGCCACCGUGGUGACGGAGAACUGCACCCGGCCAUUGGCUGUGGCGAAUACCUGGACAAACACUGUAUCGAGAAGGCCAAAAUUCGGGCCAUGGCGACCGGGCGCGCCAGCAAGCGCCUCAGUAUCCGGCAGCUCAGUCUGUCCGGUUUCGUGGUCGACGCCGACCCGUUUCUGCAUUGGUUUGACGCCCAGAAACUCCGUAGCAUCCAGUUCAAGGGCACCUGCGUGGAUGCGGGCUUUUGGCUGCCCCAGGCCAUGGGCCGCGUGGCGGUGCGGUCGCCGAGGGAGAUCGAGGUUGAGGCUGUCCCCGUGGGUAUGGUCUCACUGGACAUGCAGAAGGAUCUGAAGGUGAUGCAUAUCCGGGAUGGGAUGGCUGUGGAUGAGAGUUCAUUUACGAAUGCGUCCGGAUCGAACGACAUAGUCUAA